AUGGCCCGGGAGAACUGCGAGGGCAGCUCCUCCUGGAAGAAGCAGGCGGAGGACAUCAAGAAGAUUUUCGAGUUCAAGGAGACCCUCGGAACCGGAGCAUUUUCUGAAGUGGUUUUAGCCGAAGAGAAAGCAACUGGAAAGCUCUUUGCGGUGAAGUGCAUUCCAAAGAAGGCGCUGAAGGGCAAAGAAAGCAGCAUAGAGAAUGAGAUAGCCGUUCUCAGAAAGAUUAAGCAUGAAAAUAUUGUUGCCCUGGAAGACAUUUAUGAAAGCCCAAAUCACUUGUACUUGGUCAUGCAACUUGUGUCCGGUGGAGAGUUGUUUGAUCGAAUAGUGGAGAAGGGAUUUUACACAGAGAAAGAUGCUAGCACUCUGAUCCGCCAGGUCCUGGAUGCUGUCUACUAUCUCCAUAGAAUGGGCAUCGUCCACAGGGACCUCAAGCCUGAAAACCUCUUGUACUACAGUCAAGAUGAGGAGUCCAAAAUAAUGAUCAGUGACUUUGGAUUGUCAAAGAUGGAGGGCAAAGGAGACGUGAUGUCCACGGCCUGCGGGACCCCCGGUUACGUUGCUCCUGAGGUCCUCGCCCAGAAACCUUACAGCAAAGCUGUUGACUGCUGGUCCAUCGGGGUGAUUGCCUAUAUCUUGCUCUGUGGCUACCCUCCCUUUUAUGAUGAAAAUGACUCCAAGCUCUUUGAACAGAUCCUCAAGGCAGAGUAUGAGUUCGACUCCCCCUACUGGGAUGACAUCUCUGACUCUGCAAAAGAUUUCAUUCGGAACCUGAUGGAGAAAGAUCCAAACAAAAGAUACACAUGUGAGCAGGCAGCGCGGCACCCAUGGAUCGCAGGUGACACGGCCCUCAACAAGAACAUCCAUGAGUCUGUCAGUGCCCAGAUCCGGAAGAACUUCGCCAAGAGCAAAUGGAGACAAGCAUUUAAUGCCACUGCCGUCGUGAGGCAUAUGAGAAGACUCCAUCUUGGAAGCAGCCUGGACAGCUCAAAUGCGGGCGUGUCGAGCAGCCUCGGUUUGGCCGGCCAGAAUGAUUGUCUGGCACCCUCCACGCUCUGUAGUUUCAUUUCCUCUUCAUCAGGGGUUCCCGGAGUGGGAGCGGAGCGGAGACCGAGGCCCACCACUGUGACGACGGUGCACUCUGGAAGCAAGUGA